AGACACAUGCAGUUCGUGUUCCCGAUCGCCACUCAGAUCCUAAUGGACGUCAUCUCCAACUAUGGCUUCUCUAAGAGUGGCGAAGGAGUGAUUCAAUUCACUCUUGCGGUCAGACGUAUGGAGAGAAACGACGAAGAGAUUAAACGACUUAAUACUCAACUCAAGACUUAUUUUCUGCCAAAUCUUGAGACCUCUUGA